AUGCUGCAGAUCGUCGUCAUCGCCGCCAUCUGCGAGUUCUCCGGGGCCGUCGGGCUCGGUAGCAAUGUGGCUACGACCAUGUCCAGCGGCAUCGCCAAGCUGUCCACUUUCCAGGACGACCCCUACGUGCUCAUCUACGGCUUCCUCUGCACGCUUGGCGCGACCUUCAUCUGGCUCCUGGUCGCCACGCUCGCCAACCUGCCCGUGUCAUCGCACCACGCCGUCGCCGGCGGCAUCAUCGGCUUCGCGCUGGUGUACGGCGGUGGCGACGCGGUGGUGUGGGCCGGCCGCAAGCCCACCUUCCCCUACGUCUCGGGAUUUGUACCGAUUGUGGUCUCGUGGUUUAUCUCGCCGCUGCUGGCCGGCCUCGCCGCCGCCGCCCUAUACUGCAUGGGCCGUUUCCUACUCCUCGAGCGCACCUUUGCCGUCCGCCUCGCGCCCUACCUCACGCCCGUGGCGGUCUUCACUGUCUGCUUCCUCGAGUUCAUCUUCAUCUUCCUGAACGCGGCGAGCAACCGGCUCUCGUGGUCGGCCGGGCACGCUACUUGGAUGGCCUUCGCCGUGGCUGCCGGCGUGGCGCUGCUGUCGCUGGGGCUGAUCCCGGUGAUGAAGCGCCGCAUCGAGUCCAUUCGCGUCUCAGGUGAGAAGUUCGGCGCGGAGGAGGGCUGCGAUGCCGUCGAGGCGAUGCGUAUGAAAAUGACGGGGGCGCGCGCGUUGAGUAUCCGCACCUUCCAGACAAGGAGAGAGGCGGCCGAGUACCUCACGGCGGAGAAGCAGCGCCGCAAGGAUCGCAAGACGUCGGCCAACGUUGUGAAGGCCGAGCCCGCCGAGGAGGCCAGCAACGAGGUGGAGGACGCACGCGCAGCGAAGAAACUUGGUCUUGGGUCACGCCUGGUGUACGGCGCCGUCGUGCGCGACGAAUCCUCGGAUCUGGACAGCCCCUUCGACGAGAAUCCCAACAACUGCGCGCAGGGCGGCAGCGACGAGGUCGAGGGGGUCCACAUGACCGCGAUCGAUCCGAACAUUAACUACGUGAAGUACGACGAGAGCGGCGUGCGCAUGUUCGACCCGCGCGCCGAGUACAUGUUCCGCAUGCUGCAGAUCGUCACUGCCGCUUGCACGUCGCUGGCGCACGGCUCGAACGACGUCAGCAACGCCAUCGGCCCCUACGCUGCCAUCUACCAGGUGUAUAGAACUGGCAACGUGGCGAGCGCGGCGAACGUUGAGGCGUGGCUGUUGUGCCUCGGCGGUGCUGGCAUCGUGGUCGGGCUAGCCACCUUCGGGCUGCCCAUCAUGCGGCUGCUGGGCGAGAAACUGGCGGUGCUGACGCCGGUGCGCGGCUGCGCGGCUGAGGUGGCCACGGCGCUCGUCGUGUCGCUGGCGUCCACCUACGGCAUCCCUGUAUCAUCCACGCACUGCAUUACUGGCGCCGUGUUGGCCAUCUCCAUAGUCGACGUCGGCUUCCGCCGUGUGCGCUGGGCUCUGGUGCUGAAGAUGUACGCUGGCUGGGUCUUCACGCUGGUUGUCACCGCCAUCAUCUCCGCCUGCUUCUUCGCGCAGGGCAUCACCGCACCGGUGCCGCGUGGCAGCCGCUAA